UGAAGAGAAUUAAAACAAAAACAUUGUAGUUGUAUUAUGGCCGAUGCCCUCGACAGAAAACUUCAACAUGCUGCAGAAAGAUGCAACAUAUUAUUGAAAGUAAAACUUACUGUCGAUGAACUACUUGCUAGUGGCUCCCAUGUUACCUGGUCUACUUAUGGUGGACUUGGCCGUAUUUGCGAUAAUGUUGAACAAGCUUUGCUCCACGGUUCUCGAAUCAUUACACCGCAACAUGGGCAUGAUGGUAGACUUGCUUCAAAUGGCCUGUUGACACUUUUAAAAAAUGUGACCACAAAUGAUGAAAAAGAAUUGGAAGAUUUGACAAGUAUAAACCAAUGGAUUAGAAAAUGCCUUUUGAGUCGCAAUUUAUCUUCCAAAGUGGCAUCUUUCUGUUCAGUGAAAUAUCGUAUGAAGAAGUGCUAUUACAAAUUUGCUUUCCUUCGAAGUCUUGAGCAUUUAGAGGCUCUUUGUCAGUGUCUUAGAGCUAUUGAAGAAGAUAACCCUUUACUACCUACCUCUAUUGAUUACAUACUGAUCAAUAAAGAAAAAUAUUUGGAAAAAUGUCAGAAGCAGAUAAAUGAUGGUUCUGGGAAUACAGAUGAAAGCUCCUCUACUGACAGUGCAAAUGAAAAUCAAUCGUUGGAAACGGAAUCAAGAAUUCGCUCAACUUCAAAAACAAACGAGUCUCCUUCAAAUAGCGUUUGUAAUGAAAUUUUUGUCCCCAAAUCAUCGCGACUCAAUGUAUCGUCAAAGAGCACAUCUAAAUUCAACGAAACUGUUUUGGCUUCUGCUGCUUUCAAGGCUGCCACAGAACCGAUAGAUGUUCAGAAUGAAAUGAGAUGGUUUGAAGGGGAGUUUCAUUCCUCCAGACAUUAUUCUUUGAUAGAAAGAAGAAUGCUUAGAAAUAAUUCACAUAUUGAAUCCAGCCGAAAUAGACUUUACAGUGAUGCAUACAUCAGUCCAAAGACGAGAUCACUUUCGUCAGGUAGUGAAAGUUUCCUGUCUGACUCAAAGAGUAAAGACGACAAUGGUAAGUCUGAGCUUAAUAAGCCCGAUAAGGGAAAGGUUCUUGGACAUUAUCGUUCUAAAUCCGAUCAAUUGCGUCGUUUUCGUCCAUUUGGCACUACAAAGCAAACAUCAUUUAAUGCAACCCAACACGAAAAAAACGUUGCAGAUGACGUGUUAUCUUCCUCUCUGCCAACGAACUCGGAUAUCGCGGAGUUUUACGGUGGCGGCAAUUUCGUUUCAUCAUUUUCUCGCCGACCCAGUCAAACACCUAUUCUUGGAUCUUUAUCGUCUAGAAUGUAUGACGCUUGUCAGGAGUUUGAUCGGGAAAAUGCCCAUUUUAGCAUAUCUGAAGCUCUUAUUUGUGCUAUAGAAGAAAUGAAGUGUGAAAGUGUAGACCGUGAGAACCCGGACGAAGACAUAGACGCUGAUGAAAGUGAUGAAGAAAUCAUGCAACUAAGAGCAAGAAUUAGAAGGAAAAAGUAUGCAAGGAAAACACAUCAAAGGAGAAGUGAAAGUUUUCAUAGCGAUACGUUGUCUUUGUCGUCCCCUCCUUCAAGUUUCUCAUCACGAGAACAAGCAAAAUCGACUGAUAGUGACUAUGAUUCAAGUAGCGAACAUCCUGAAAGUUACAAAAUUGAUAACGAUAAAGAUAGCGAGCAGCAAAAUGUUAUUGUAGUGGGUUCCUUGUUAUCUAAUUCACCGCAUGAAACCAGCGCAUCUCCUAUAUCUGCCGAACAAGUCGCUUUAUCUUUACUGCAACAUGUAGCUUUAAGGAAAAAUUUAAAAUCAGAAGAUUUAAAGUGGAUAGUGUCCGAGCAAGAUGUACCGCAAAGACUGUUACCACUUCCGGAAGCCGUCCCAGUCUCCCCUGACGACGAACUCUACGACACAAGCGAUUAUAAUGCCAGCAGGACAUUAUUGCCGUGUCGACUUCGUGGAAAUUUAGAAUGGGCUCCUCCACGGCAGCAAAUCAUUUUUAGCAUCCCACCAAAUCCCAAACGUAAGGAAGCGAUGAUAAAACAAGGUUAUCGUUGUGCUGGCUGUGGUAUGCGUGUUGAUCCAGGCUAUACGAAGCGAUUGCGUUUUUGCAAGUAUAUUGGUAAAUAUUUCUGCAAUACAUGUCAUUCCGCCAAAGCUACGGUGAUUCCUGCUCGUAUUAUUCAAAGAUGGGACUUCAGAGAAUAUGAAGUCUCUAAUUUUUCUCAUGAUUUGCUGAACGGGGUGCAUCACCAACCACUGUUCAAUGUAUACGCAAUCAACAGGAUGCUUUACAAAAGAAACAAAGAGAUGGAAGACGUCAAGUUUUUGCGUCUUCAAUUACGUAACAUUGCGUCGUAUAUAAGAACUUGUCGACAUGCUGUAAAUUUGUUAGAUUCCAUUCAACAAAUACCUGAUUACCACAUGAGCGAUAUUCAUUUGUACUCGGUGUUCGAUCUUCUUAAGGUAAAAUCUGGCUUAUUUCGCGAAGAACUGGAGACAAUAGUGAGCAAUUUAAGGCAGCACGUUUCGAAUUGUCAGCUGUGCCUCGCUAAAGGAUUUAUAUGCGAGUAUUGUAAGGACGGUAACGAUAUUAUUUACCCGUUUGAAGUAAAGAAAGUCAGCCAAUGUGAAGAAUGCCAUGCAUGCUAUCAUUCUAAGUGUUAUGUGAAGGAAAAGUGUCCAAAAUGUGAACGAUUAUUGCAGAGAAAAAAGCUGCAAAAGACUUCAACGAAGACUCUGAUGAGAAUGAAAGGAUCUAACACAUUGCUAGAUGUUCAUUUACAAAACGCUUCUACUAAUGAGGAAUUACAUCGACGAUGGUAGAAGGUACCCAUAUUUGGUUAAAAUCACCCUGCCUUUAUGUUAUCAACAGAAUGUUCCAGCCACUGCGAAGAAGCAGAAAAUAGGCUGUUAAAAAUAAGUAAUAAUCAUACGAUACAGGCAAGGUUUGAAAGCGUUGCGAAACUGUUACAAUUCGGCGUUGCGUUCACACGAUACCGGUAUGGAAAAGUAUAAAACCCGUUAUGAGUUUGAGAAAAUUUGUUGAAAACCAUUAUUUUGGCUACGUGUGACCACUAACUGUAAAAGUUUCUUACGUAUCGCCUAGGCGAAUUGUGACAACGAUAGCAUGGUGUCAAAAAAAUGAGAAGAUUUCAUGUAAGAAAAUCAAUUAAACUCGAAACUGCUUAAUCAGCAACAAUCCGGUGUCGCGUGAACGCAGCUCUAACGCAAAACGCGAUAUUGAUGCAUGGCUUCUUGUGAGCAGUGGGUGAACAGAGUUCAUGUUUGGGAUUGAUCACAAUAUUCCCCAAAUUUUUGAAGAACGUGAAUUCUGUGACGUUGAUAAACGUGAAAGAGUCGUACGUAAGAGAUUACUGUUACAAAUGUAAAAGGAAAUGUCGAAGGAAUUUACACACUUCUAAUAGAAUGUCAGAGGAUUUUACACAUUUCAUAUAUGAAAGUCAGAUAGAUAUACCGUUAAAGGACUUCUAACAACACUGAAAUAUUUGUUCAUUUUUCGUUAAGACGUUGUAUGCGUUUGUUGUAUUUUGGCUAUGUUUGAACAUAUUUAUAAUAACUAUUUAAUUUCAUUGAUGUAUAAAUGGAAAUUAUUGUCGUACACAUUUGCUAUCGAGUCGCCAUCACAUGCAUUCAUUUGCGCAAAUCACGUGUAAUUUAUUGUAUAUUCUAUUGUAAUUAUCCUUAUGGAGAUUUGAUAUGUAUAUUGUUCGAACUUGGUAGGAAAUUUCAAAAUAAUUAUGUCAUAAUUUAGAAUUUAUUAUUUUGAUUUAUAUGUUAUCAUAUAGAAAUUGUAUUAUUCAAUGA